AUGGACGAGAAUAUUGGGCCUCGUCUUUCGGGACACGGUUCUAUACCGUCUACAGCUAGCUCUAACCUAUUAGCAAACUUCUUACCAUAUGAGCCUAUCUCACGAGCCACGUCCCCCGGCAUUCCCUACCCAAAGACCGGAACCGAUGAAGACGACAAGAAGCGCUAUCGACCCCGAACCUUUGCCUACUUUUCGCAGCUUCCAUUCGAAGUCGAGGAAGAGUCCCAGCGCGAUGCUGCUCUGCAAGGUAUUCUUAAACAGCUAUACAUUGCCGUUCGAGCAGAGGAUUUCUCCCCUGGUGCCCUCCACUGGACCAAAGAGCUUCAGGGAUGGCUCAAUCUCAAGUUUGAGAUGACCAGGGAACAGCGGGCAAAGCUAGCUAAACUCUACUACUCCCUUGCGCUCGCUCCGGGCUUAGAUGCCACAGCCUCGGAUCGUUUCCUGCGCAUGGUUUUGACUUUGACAAGGAAGAAUCAUUAUUUGAAACCGGGUGAAGACCUUGUCCUUGAAUGGAGGCCCCUUUGGAACGAGAUCAAGGCUUGGGUUCUGCCAUCAGAGGUCCCCGCGCACCAAAGCAACCGUAAACGCUCAGCGAAACAACUCCUCAAGCUGUGCAGUCAUGCCCACACAUACUUCGAUCCCUCCGAGCGUCGAGCAAUGUUGGAGGAAUUCUUGCCGUUCUUUAGCGUGAAUGAAUUACCGAACGCGUUUAUCGUUGCAGGUGUUUUGAACACUCUGCUUCCCAGUCACCCCGCUCCGGUCAGCGAACCUCAGUCGCAGCCAGCCGAUAUCUUCCCCACGCUCUUUCAUCUAUGGUCUAUCAUAAAUCGAUCCAAGGCUUUUGACAUCUUCUUCAUUGACUUGCUGUCCCGUCUUGCCAGAGAUCACAUAGCCUGCUCAUAUGUUCCCUUUGGUAGUCAUGGCAUUUUCUCUAAAGAUCAAUCCGACCUCAUUUUCACAGCCAUUUUGAGGCUCACCCAGAUUCCUGUGGGCCAAGCCAACUCCCCCUAUACGCCGUUAGACUACCUUUCCGGCGCAGGUGUCUACGUGGAGAAGGAUAAGAAAAAGUAUCCCGUGGCCUACAUGAUUUCUCGUUUGAUCGUGAGCUCUUUGUCCCCUGCUUGUCUGAAGGAUGAUGACUCUAUCAUUUCGCAACUGGAGGGCCUCAUGGAGUCCAUUGACACAUUCUUCCAUCCUUCGAACCAAGGCUCAUGGACCACCAUGCUUGGUCAAUUGACUCUCUACCUCACUGAAGCAUUCGUGUCGCGAUGGAACCGCGAGCAAAGUGGCGAACUGGACCUGCCAGAGGACCGUAAGAUCAACGAUGAGUUGAAGAAGCGUUUCGUAACAUCACUCAAGGAAGUGACCUUCAUGGGCCUAUUUUCCAAGAGCAGCCGUGUCUCUUAUUACUACUACAGCGCCUUGCAAGGGCUGGCAUACCUUGAGCCCGAUCUGGUAUUGCCAGGUGCUCUGCAACGCUUUUACCCUAGUCUCCAAGGAUUAGUGGAGGUACACAGAACCACGUCAAGCUUAAACGGUCUGCAGAUGAUCGCCAACAUCAUGUCCAAGCACAAGGGUUAUAGGUGCCACAUCACUGCUCUCCUUGCUCUUGCUCUCCCGGGCAUCGACGCCAACGAUCUCAACAAAACCCAAUACACACUGAACUUCAUCCAAAGUGUCGCUUACAGUAUCCCCAUGGUGCCUUUGACUAAGGAGGGUAGCCAUAUCCAUGACACUACAUUGGCUAUGGAGUGGGUUCAGGGCCAAAUGGAUCGUAUGGAGCGUGAAGGACAGAACGUAAAGUUCGAUUACAAAAACGAACUUAGUGACGAAGACGAGGCCACUAUCCUGAGGUCGUCAACAACUGGGUUUGGGGAGUUCAUUUUGACACUACUAGGAAAGGUGUUCACUCUCUUGGAGAACCUCCCUGAUGCCAAUCAAGUUCGCGGAGGAACCCCUGAAGACAAUGUCAUCAAUGCCUUGCCAGCUGCGUUGUCGCCUCUUUUCGCAUCACUUUCACCGGAGCUCUUUGAUAUGGCCCUAGACAAGGUGGCCACAUUUGUUUCAAGCCAUGUCGUUCACCAAGCACGUGAUGCGAUGGCAUGGAUUCUGAACGCGCUUUGCAAGGUCAAUCCUGAGAAGACUUUAAAGGUCUUCAUCCCGAUGCUCGUUGUCAGUAUUCGCAAUGAGAUUGACUUCAACAAUGCUGCAUCAGAUCGAAGUAGUGGCACAGACUAUUUACCCCGCGACCGAGCUCUAGUAUGGUACGUUAGUAUGCUGGCCAUGGCUGUCGUGCAUGUUGGCAGCGAAGUGCUGAAGUACAAGGAUGAGCUUCUGGGUAUCGCUGAGUAUAUGCAGGAGAAAUGUCGUGGCUUGCCUACUAUUCUAGUCUCGAACUACAUUCAUCAUCUCCUGCUGAACUUGACCCACACCUAUCCUAUCGACCACGCCUUGUACGAACCCGAGGUCAUCGAACGUGGACUCGAUGUUGAUGACUGGGGGAAAACGACUGCGCCUGCUGACCUCAGUAUCCGAUGGCAUCAGCCCUCGCCUCCUGAGAUUGACUUCGCCGUUGAAUUGUUUGCGUCCCAAACCAAGUCUGCCAAGGAUCAAUUGGAAUCGCUAAUGAGCGACAACCCACCUGUAAGCAGAACAGGCAAGAACAAGGAGUGGUCCGAUGAAGUUUCCCGUCUUAUGCAACAAAUUCGCCUUGUUACUUCUGGCAUGGCCACGAUGUUCGACCCCGAACGUGCCGCUGGUAUCAUGACUGGCAACACCGACGAGGAUCAUGAUGUUGCUCGCGAAGAUGAUGAUGAGAUGAUGAUUGACGAAGACCCCCUUGCCGAGGUUGCGGAAGAUGAGGAACUACGCCCACAAUUCCGAUACAAGGCAGGUUAUGCGCUCAAGUCCAGUGACCCCGCAUAUAACAAGAUCCAUGACCUGCGAGAGGAACUUGGCCACCUUUUGACCAAGACGCACUCUUUCCUUAACGCCAAUCAAGAAGAUGACGUGAACUCCUUCACUGCUCUGUACUCUGCUUAUCGUACUUGGAUUACCGAUGUCGGCAUUGAGCGUACUGCUCACCCCUUGGAAAGACAUCUACGGCUCUACAAAUCCGAUAUUGCCGCCUUCAAGAUCAAAGGCCUCAGGAAAGUUUACCCUCGACCUCUUCUCAUCAAGCGGGCUGAGGCUUACCAGCUUCUACGACGUAAACACAAUGCUUCCUCGAGGCAGAAGAGCGAACUGGACAAACGGCUGUUGCUCGACCUUGCCGAAUCCAGCCUUUCGCUUUACGCCGAUGUACGACGAGUCGCGCAGAGUGCCCAAGACUCGUCGUUGAAAUCGCUCAUUGGUAGCAAACCUCUGGUUAUUCCUGUUAUUCUCGGACGUCUCAAGGAAGCUCUUGCCACAAAUGAUCACGAUAGAAUCAAGGGAGGCAUGUACACUCUACUGUUCACUUCAUUGUUGAGAACUCUCCUCAAGGACUGGCGAUUCGCACCAGAAGCCAUGAGAUUGUACAUCGAGACUGCUGGUAUCGACAAGCCUUCGAUUCAGAACUUGGGUUCAUCGGCGCUCUACACGCUGAUUGACUUUGGAAAGCCUUUUGAACGCAUGAUCAUUGUUGACGAUGAAGUUGUCAAUACAAUCAAGCCCGCUGCGGACGUCUCAGCAGCCAUCGAAAGCCGACAUCAAUUUAUCCUGCAACGUCGAACACGAGUCGAAAAGUCCAAGUCGAGCCUGGGUCUGGAAUUGAUCCAACGAGCCAAGGGUGCUCACUGGAAAAUCGCUACGCGGUGUGCAAUCUUUGCGACAAAUCUGUGUCUGCGUUUCCAUACCUUAGCGCCCCCCGAGUUUGUCGAUCUUGUCGCCCAAGGCACGAAUGAUCCUCACCCUGGCCUGCGUAGUUACUACUUGAGUGCUUUCACCUCUGUCUUUACAGCUGUUGAUAUGCGAGCUGUCUAUGGCCACGAUUAUCGCAACUAUCUUCUCGAGAAGGAAUCAAACGAUAGGAAUCGCAUACAAGUUAACGUCGAGAAAGGCGAUGCCGAGUUUACUCAUAACUUCUUGGAGGCCUUCAAACAGCCUGAGGGAGCUGAGUACAUGGUAGAUGCUGAUCACCCUGGAUGGCUUGUAUGGGGCAAGAAGUUCACGGCCUACCGAGCAAAGCCACUUCCUUUCGACGCAUACGACGAAGUAGAGAGCGCUUUGCGUGCCCAGAUGGGUCAAAUCCUGAAUCGUGAGUGGCUAUCUCAGUGCUUCGACUACCUGAAGCAGGAGCCGCGAGACGCGUCCACGGAUAGAUUCCGGAUGAGCAAUGUCUAUCUUCUGAUGCAUGUUUUCGACUUGAUGCAUUACGGGAAGACAGUGAUUACGUUGGACGAUGUCAAAGACUUGAUCAAGGAAGUAUUUGGUGAUGGUAACGACAAACACCAGCAUCGGGCAACAUCAGAAAUCAUUGGUGCUUUACUCGCAGGCUCCAGCGAUGAUCCUCCAGAUAUUCGAAACCGUGUCUGGGAGUACGCUGCACCCUUCAUGCUCAAGAUCUUUGCGGACGAUUUAACACCCGAUAACCUGCAAUACUGGCUCACAUGUCUGCACCUUGUUCUUGAUUCCAAGGACCCUCGUCGAUCGCAUGAAAUCGUGGAUACUCUUAGAGCAUUCCGAUUGGAUAUGACAUCGAACGCAGCUUUCAAGGAAUCUUCAAAGGUUCAGCUGUUGGAGUUCAUUGUCGCAGAUGGCGGUUGGCACUUUGGACACGACCAACCCAUCCUCGAUGACUUCCUUGCUCAUAUUGAUCAUCCCUACAAGGCAGUUCGUGAAGCCAUCGGCCGAGUACUGUCAGUCAUCUACAAGACUCGAUACCAUGAAUCAUUUGAGAACGUGAGCAAACUUUUGGAACAGAACAAGGCUGCCUCACCCAUCGGUAUCAGACCCUAUCAACCAACGGAGGAGUUUGCAGCCACUAUCAAAGACGUCUUCGGUCGCCUCGAGAAAUGGCGACACGAGAGAACGCCUGGCCAGCAGACACCUAGCUCUUAUACCUCAGGUUCUAAGACUGUUCUCAUGUGGCUUGACUGUACACUCUCGUCCCAUGAGUGUAUUCAGCUUGUGCCGUUCUUCCCUACCCCCUUCAUGGAAGAGUUACUUCACAUGAUGGAUGUUAAAGAGGAUCCUGAGCUAAUGAGGCUUGCGUAUCAUGUAUAUCGUCACUUACCAAACAUUCCUUUCCGCGACGGUGAAGAUGCAGAAUUCAUCGAUGCACUUAUUCGUAUUGGCAAGACUUCGACUAGCUGGCAUCAAAGGCUACGAGCACUUGUCAAUAUGCAGGUCAUCUAUUUCAGACGCAUUUUCCUAACACAAAGAGCUCAAAGAGAUGCCCUCUUUACCGCUGUGUCUGAUAUGCUUGGGGACCCGCAGCUCGAGGUGCGUUCAUGCGCUUCUACUACCCUCGCUGGUAUGAUCCGCUGCUCGCCUCGUCGCAUUCGUGACCCUACGAUCACCCAUCUCAAGGCUCGUUUCGAGGAUGAACUAGAGCGUAACCCCAUGCCAAAGCGAAAUCGCCAUCUUGCUGGGACAGAUACCCCCGUCGAUAUUCACAAGCAAAUCACAAGACGUCACGCAGCAGUACUCGGCUUAGGCGCCUUGAUUGAGGCAUUCCCUUAUGCCACUCCUCCGCCCGAAUGGAUGCCUGAGGUGUUGGCAAUGCUGGCUCGCAAAGCUGCUGCCGAUCCUGGUGUGGUGGGUAAGGCUACAAAAGCCAUUCUCAGCGAGUUCAAGAAGACUCGUCAAGACAGUUGGACAGUUGACCAGAAGUACUUUACUUCUGAACAACUCGAAGACCUUGAGGGAGUGCUCUGGAAGAGUUACUUUGCCUAA